AUGGGGUCUCGAAGAUUUUCUUGUUCUUUGUUUGUCAUGUUGUUCAUGGGAUUUCUUCUUGGGUUAUCUCAGGGUUACAAGUUCUACGUUGGUGGCAGAGAUGGUUGGGUUACAAACCCUUCUGAGAAUUACAAUCACUGGGCUGAAAGAAACAGGUUUCAAGUCAAUGAUACUCUCUUUUUCAAGUACAAAAAGGGUGGCCAUGCUGAUAGAUGCAACAAGGGUCAAAAACUGAUAAUCAUUGUCAUGGCUGUGAGACCAAAGCCCCAUCCUCCUACCCCUCCAUCUCCGUUAACACCAACAUCUCCUCCAUCUCCGAUAACACCAACAUCUCCAUCUCCAGCUCUACCGACUAGUUCUCCUCCGGGCGAGUCUCCGAAUGCUCCGAGUCCAUCGGAUGCAGAUGGCCCUAUGCAGCCUCCAUCGAAUAGAAAAUCGGGUUCGCAGAGUUUUAGUGCUGGCUCAUUGUCAGCUGGCUUGGUUUUGAGUGCUAGUAUCGGUGUUAGCUUGAUAUUGGGUGGCUUUGUUGGGUUGGUUUAA